CCUGUCACCACCUUCAUUUUCUCUUCCUUAGGAUGUCCUAAUUUGGACCUUCUCUCUCUCUCUCUCAUCUCAAAGACAGAGAAAUUAUUCAGUUCAUAGUUUUUCUAACCUCAUAUUGUAACAAUAUUCAAUUUUGAAGCCUUUUACAUUCGUAGUUUCCUAAACUUUCAAAAGUGGGGUUGCAUUAUUUUUUCUUCUUCUUUCUUUUGAGGUUCAAAAAGGGUAUCAGUUAAUUUGAAUACGUAAAUGUCUUCACAUUGGUGUUACAGAUGCAAUAAAUUUGUUACGGAUGUAUCGAGGCUAGGCAUGCCAGUAUGUCCUGAUUGUGAUAGUGGAUUUGUUGAAGAGCUUGAACAUUCAACACGUUAUCUUCAUACAGACGGUGGACGUCAAAGGAGGAGGUUCCCCAUGGCGGCCGCCAUGUACAUGAUCGGCAACCACAAUAACAACCCUAAUCAAACUUCUCGUCGGAGACAUUGCAGAAACAAUCUUAAUGGAGGUGAUCAUCCCCCGUUUAACCCCAUCAUCAUGCUCCGUAGCAGCGGAUCCCCUGACGGGUCGAGUCGCGAGGGAGGAGAGGGUCACGGGUUUGAGCUUUUCUACGAAGAUGGUGUUGGUUCCGGUCUUCGACCAUUACCUCCAAGGAUGUCGGAGUUUCUUCUUGGUUCUGGAUUCGAAAGGGUGAUCGAACAAAUUUCUCAUGUCGAUUCCCAUCGUAGUGGAAAUGGGAGUCACGACCGGCAACAACUCCCAGCGUCAAAAGUCGCUGUGGAGUUAUUACCGACGAUUAAAAUCGAUGAAACACAUAUGGUUACUGAAUCACAUUGUGCUGUUUGCAAGGAACCUUUUGAGCAUGGCAUUUCUGCAAUGGAAAUGCCAUGCAAACAUAUAUACCACCGUGAAUGCAUUAUUCCAUGGCUUGAAAUUCGCAAUUCUUGUCCCGUUUGUCGCCAUGAAAUACCUUGUGAAGAAUCACCACAUAAUAACAAUAACAAUAACAUGUUCACUUUGAACGAGGAAGAGAAUGUAGGGUUAACAGUUUGGAGGUUACCGGGUGGUGGGUUUGCAGUUGGAAGAUUUUCUAGUGGAUCAAGAAGAAAUGGUGAUGAUAAUGAGAUUGAGAGAGAGGUUCCCAUUGUUUACACAGAAGUGGAUGAUGCAUUUAAUAAUGUUGGUGAACCAAGGAGGAUUUCAUGGUCAUUGGCAUCAUCUAGAAGAAGGAGUAGUAGAGGUGGUGGAUUUCGAAGAAUGUUGAACAAUUGGUUUGGAUGUUUGGGAGGUGGUAGUGGUGGAGCUAGGAGUCAACGUUCAAUUUCUACUACUAGAGAUUUGUCUCUACCUAUGUCUAAUUUGAGGAGUAUAAGUGGAUCUCGCACCAAUGGCUUGAAUUCCUAUCAACGUACACGCAGAACUUGGUCUAUGGAUGUAAAUGGUGGAAUGAGACCAUGGUAAGGUAACUCUAACUUGGAAUGAUACAAAAUUUGAAGCUUUGUUUAUGGGUUUAGACAAUGAAGGAUAAUGGAACUGUGAAUGAAAAAUACAAUGUACUCUCUUUGGUUUUUAAAUAUAAGUAAAAUUAAAUCAAUGAAAGUUGACAAACUUUUAUUUAUAUUUAAGUCCAAAGUAGUAAUAUGUAAAAUUUAUGUGGAGAAUUGUGUUUUCAUCUUUAAUAAUGGUGUAAUUAAUUAGAUAUUGUGAAA